UAUUACCCAACAUUAAGUUCUGACUUUCUUUCCAAUGCAGCCUGGGGAUAAUAUUUUUCCCGUUGAUGCCAACAACCAGCUCAUUCCUGAUGGCAGCGAGUUCUUGGACACCUGGGAGGCCAUGGAGAAGCUGGUGGACGCUGGGCUGGUCAAAGCUAUCGGCAUCUCCAACUUCAACAAAGACCAGAUCGAAGCACUCCUCAACAAACCAGGCCUCAAAUACAAGCCUGCCAACCACCAGAUUGAGAGUCACCCGUACCUGCCUCAGGAGAAGCUGAUCAACUACUGCCAGUCAAAGGGCGUCCCGGUGACCGCCUACAGUCCCCUGGGCUCCCCCGACAGACCCUGGGUUUCGUCCGAUGAUCCCUCUCUGCUGGACGAGCCUCGGAUCACGGACAUUGCGAAAAGACACAACAAGACUCCAGCACAGGUGGGAAAAGUUUAGCAAAAGUGGCUCUUUCCCUU